AUGGCGUCAGACCAGACACACUCUCGUCUGCGAACCACCGGCAACGCCGCGUCCCUCCCCAUCCGAAGCGGCCAGCAGCCCACGGCCCUCGUUCAACCCAAGUCUCCCCACACCUCUGACGAAUUCCUCCACGACUUCCUCAACCCAUCCUUUGACGCCGCCGCCUUUCUGAACGCCGCCCUGCCUCCUCUCGCCACCAAACAAGCAACCACCACACCCUCCGACGGCGCCGUCCCCCUCACCGAGCUCUGCGAUCAGACGCAAACCUUGCUGUCGCAGCUCAACGCGCACACCACGCGGCUCUGCGACACCCUGACCCAGUUGACAGACGACAUUCUCCGCAGCGGGAGCCGCCUCGCCUACCAAGUGGACUUGUUGAGGGGCGAGACCUUGAGUCUGUCCGAGACGCUGACGGAGACGCUUCGCCAGGACAUCGAGACCUUUAUCCCGGGCGGCCUGCCACCAGGCGGCAACGUCGGGGGGGAGCCCUCCCAAACGGACGCUGCUGGAGCCGCCGACGAUGGCCUCGGAGCCGCGGAUGAUCCGCACGUGCGUCCUCAGGCUGCUGGCUCCGACGCGCCCUCCGCAGAACCAGAGUGCAUCAAGCAGCUGCGAACACUGACCCUGGUGCGCUCACGCCUCGACGCCGUCAUCAAGACGUUUGGCGACGCCAUGGAGUUUACGUUCCCGCCCUCGGAGGUGUCCGUCAGCUCGGGCUUUCUGUCCGUGUCUGCGCCGGAGCCGGGUUCGGCGGAGCAGAGCUCCGAAGAGAAAGGACAGCAGGUUCUGCAGGGUCUUCGGCAAGACGUCUCGGACAUGCUGCAUCAGGCGGAUGAUCCCGUCCAGGGGAUAGAGAGAGCUGCGGCGCGGAUCGAAGAGCUCAAGGAGCUGGCGACGGUGUGGAAGGGAACGGCGGAGGAAAAGGGUCGGAGCAAGUUUAUCGAGAGCUUGGCCAGGAUGGUCGAGGAUCGCCACAGGGAUCUGAUGAGGGAGAUGGAUCAAGCGGCCAGGAAGGAAGGCUGGGCGGCGAAUCCCUCGGGUGCGACGAGGCAGGACGGUGCCGAGGAAGCCAAGGGGCUGGGAGGGUUUGGGCUCAUCAGUCAACUACAGAAGCUGCGGAAUGGGCUGUAG